AUGAAGAACUGUGGGGGGGCGGUACACGCUCAGGUGGUGGAGAAAGGAGUGCUUGCUGACGUGGCCAAGAUCGCUAGGAAAGGAGGGGCGAGCCCUGCAGCAACAGCAAGAGCGCGAGGGCUCAUUCAGGAGUGGGCAGACGUGUUCCCCCCUGGCCCCACCUGCCGCCACACAGAGUACUUCCUCGCAUUCGACGAGCUCAAGAGGAGUGGCGUCCCCUUCCCCCCCAAUCGCCACACUGCAAGCUCCCACCACUCCCCCUCCAUCCCUGUGCCGACUCCCGAGCGUGCAGCAGCCAGUCACGGCGUGCCACCUGGCGGCCUCCCCCCGCACCUGCAUCCCCAUGCCAACCACUCCACCCCUCCUCAACUCUACAACUCACCCACCUACGGCAGCCCCGUUGGGGGGGGAUACAGUCCGGGUAACCCUGCUGCUGCUGCUUAUAAUGGAGCUGCUUAUAACGGGGCAGCUUAUAACGGAGCUGGUUAUGAUGGUGCGCGGUCUCCUCUUGGAGGUCCCAGGUCGUUACCACCGCAGCCACAGCCCCCUCCCUUGCAUUAUCAGCAGCCGCAGGCACAGGCACAGCAGCAGCAGAGUGGGAGUGGGUCACAGAACGGGACGAGUGCCAAGCCUAUGAGUUCAUCCCCACUCCGCAUAACCAGCCGCACAGACAUCACCAUGGGGUUGAACUCCAUAGAGGUGCUAUCCGACCUGCUCUCAGCCGCUCCCAUCCAAGGACAACCGUUCCUCUGUGCCGAUCUCUUAACCCACUCUGUUUAUGCUUGGUGCCCAUUCCCUCCCACUCUCUCCAGUCUGGCAGACAUCACCACGGGGUUGAACUCGGUGGAGGUGUUAUCUGACCUGCUCUCAGCCGCACCCAAGGACAACCCUGGCUCUGUGUUGGGGGACGAGUUGGUGCAGCAGCUGGUGGGGGAGUGCCGGGGGCUAGAGGGGCGUCUAGCAGCCACGAUCAACUCCACCAGCACACCUGCCCUGCUCCGCCUGGGCUCUCAACGACGAGGUGCAAGCGGUCAUGAAGCGGUCAUGAAAUGUCAUUUCAUUACCAUGCCUCUUCACUCAUAUUACCCACUGCCCACUGUGCAUCCCUUCGCCUUCCCCCUUUCCUGCUCCCCCGGUGACGAGCAUCUGCUGCGCUUCGCCGUCGUUCUCGACGACGAGGUGCAGGCAGUCAUGAAGAGGAGGCAUCCUGGGCAUUCACAUCUCUCCUCCCACAACCAUCCCCCCUGCCCUAUCCCCUGCUUUCCCAGUGACGAGCACCUGCUCCGUUCUGCCCUGGCUCUCAACGACGAGGUGCAGGCAGUCAUGAAGCGCCACAGCCAGCUGCAGAAAUCCUCUCCUGCCGCUGCUAGUGCUGGUGGUGGUGGUGCAUCUGCUCCUGGCUCGGCUGCAGCAGCAGGGGCAGCAGCAGCAGCAGGGGGAGUGCAGUGGGCGCAGUACGAUGGGGAGGGAGACACUGACAGCGAGCCGACCAUUCAGCUCGACAGGCGCGGCUUCUCCCCCAACCUUGCCCCGUCCCUUCUCCCCCCUCCCCCACCCACCUGCAGUGCGCCAUCUUCCUUCCCCAUCCGCCCCUCAGCUUCCCCCACACCCUCCUACUCGUUCCCCCACGCCCUCAUACUCGUUCCCCCUUGCCCCUCCGCAUUUAUCGCACCCCCCACAUUCUCCCCAUUUUCCCCCCGUUUCUCCCGCCCUGCUUCUGCUCCCCCCCCCCCACCCUACAGUGCGCCAUCUGCCUUCUCCAUCCGCCCCUCAGCUUCCCCCACCUUCUCCCCGAGCGCCCCCCCCGCCUCCCCCCUGCUCCCCCUUCCCCCUGACUGGAAACGCUCCUCCACGCCUCAUGCCCCCUCUGCCCCCACUGCCCCUGCUUCUUCUGCUGGUUCUUCUGCUAGUGGUGCUGGUGGUUCUGUUGGUGCUGACACUGGGUCAGCAGGAGAAUCUGCAGCAUCAGGAGCAGCAGCAGGAGGAGAAGGGGGAGCAGCAGGAGGAGCAGCAGCAGGGGCAGGAGCAGCACCCCCCUAUUCGCUUCCACCAUACGGCUCAGCCCCUGAUCUGCCAGCCAUGACCGCCCAUAUGUCUCACUUGAACCUCGCCCAACCCUCACCCAACGCACAUCCCCACACACAUUCCGAACCUGCCUCCCGGGACGUGUCUCCCUUCCCUGCCCAAGCCUGGGGAACAGGCCACUCCUCUACCGCCCCUUCCUCUGCUCCAUCUCCAUACAAUCCCCAAUCCACACACCUCCCUUCUCCCCAGACCUACCCGUCUCCAUACACUCACACCACGUUACAGUCACAGCCCCCUUCCACCUCCUCCACUCCUGCUGCUGCGCUAGGCUCUGGGUUUGGCUCUGCCCCCGGAUCUGCCCCGCCCCGCCUCUCCAAUUCCCUUCCUUCUCACUCACCCACUGACCCCUUUGGUGGUUCCGGCUCUGGUGCUGCCGGUUUAGUCAUCCCAUCCUGGUCAGAUGUACCCAACCCAUUAUGA